AUGGAUCUAGAUAAGGUUUUGGUACUGCUUUCACUACGGGAGGAACAAGGAAUCGUGUAUCAGGAGGAUGUUGAUAUGGACGACGCCAUGGACGUGGAUUCCAUGGAUAUUGAUAGCAUUCACGAGGUUGACGAUAACGAACCAACAACGCCUGAGCCAAUCAAAUCUUCCACAGCGGAAGAAUCAAAACACGAACUGCAUUCACCAUUAGAGGACUCUUUUUCCGAAGAAGGAGAGGUGCUGGAGCGACUGCUCGUCAGGCUUCUCAGUCCAACGAAUCUAGGCGCUAGAUACGCCAUCAAUCAGCAUAACAAAAACAUUCAGAAAAGUACGCAGAUCGAGCAGCAUUCGCGGUCUCCAACCCCCCAAAAUCUGUUUUAUCAGACCCCCCGCCACCAAUCCUCGUUUACUAGUGGUACUGACGUGUUCCAGCGACUUCAUCAACAAGAACCAGGACCGCAGCGCCAAUUUGUGCCAUUCCCUGUGCAAAUACAUCAUCAUCACUACUAUUACAACGGUCUGAGCGAGUCGAUAAGCCCUGAGCCUCGCAUACGACCACAGAGCCAUAAGGUCUUGGAAGAAGCCCAAGACGAGAAUAUCGAAGAAGGCAAGGACACUCGUUUGCCUCUACCGUGGGACAAAAGCUCAACACCAGCAGAAGAGCGUGCCUACAUGCUUUCGCUGUAUCUUCAACUAGCAGUGAACCUGGUUGUGCUGGCAUACGCCUUACACCUAGUGUGGAAUCGCCCUGUGUGA